AUGCGCAACAGUGACAUCAUCUACUCUGUUUCCAGUGUUACCUUUCGGCAUCGCAUCAUGGCCCGUAUCUCGACCAUAUUUGUACUCUUUGUCACAGCCAUAGUCGGCCCAGGGAGUGUUGCUGAGAUCUGCAGAGGGGCGCACUGUUUCUCGGGGCAGGACUGGAGCAGAUCGUGCGUCGGAGCACACUGCCAGGGGCGCACGGAGGCUUCUGGGCCCCGACGGCAGUUCCAUCACUCUGCACAAUCCACACAAGGACAAGUCUACCCGAGUCACCAGCGGGACGCUCAUUUCAGCCACCACCAGGCUCAGAGCGCGCCCUUGGCGCCGUACAUCAUCCACCCGCAGCAGGGAGGCUUUGCGCAGAAGUCGGGCUCGGAUGGCACAAGGAGGACGAACCCGAGGACCGUCACAGCCGAGGUGUUUCACCCUGGCUGCGCCGGCGGGUCCUGUCCCACCAGUGUCUCUCAUAGUCAAACCAACGACGACAGCACAACCCGGGAGUGCAAAGGGAUCGGAUGUAAGCUGCCGCUCCGGAUGCGCCAGAAACCCAGGGCUUGCGCUGGAGACGGUUGCAGCUCCUUCGGAGGAGACGAAGGGAGAGGGGGCUCCUCUCCGGUUCAUGUGACGGACAGAGCUGCACAGUUUCUGGAUGAGCUUCCAGACCUUGGGUCGGAGCGUGGAGCGUGGAUACAGCUGUCAUGCGACAUGAAACCAGGAACGAACGAGGUUCCCUCAGAGGACGCUCUUGUGCUGCAGCUGCAGUUGUCGAAGAGCCAGGAUAAGCUGGUUGAGGCUCUCAGGGGCCAGCAGGACGAGGUCAGGGAGCUGCAGAGGCUCAUGAGUGAGCAGCAGGGGGCGCUGGUGAACCAGCAGAGAGAGAUACUGGAUCAACAGAGGAGGAUGUACGAACAGAUGGAACAAGUGAAAGCCCAGUACAACAUAUUGAUGGACGGCAUCAAACAAACAUCUUUCCAGAACCUGCAGGACGACGUUGACAAUCCCACAGAAACGCUGAAUGGGCCGGCUGGAGCCCACAAAGCACAGCAGGCUCUCUCUUUUCACAAGGUGGACAUGGAGGCCAGUGUGAUGGAGGUUGGUCCUUCUACGCUGGGCUGUGGUAGGUGCGGCCCUGAGGAGUACUGCGGGUUCAGCAGCGGUCAUCCCCGCUGUGAGAGGUGCACCAUCUGUCCAGCCGGCUUCUUCCUGGUCGCUCAGUGUUCAGUCCACGCAGACAGAAUCUGUCAGGACAGAGACGAAUGCCUUGAAAUAUCCAAUCUGUGUGGAGAUCAACAGAAGUGUCUCAACACACCAGGUGGAUUCAGGUGCCACGGCAUGACAGAGCGAGACGCCAACUCAGGAAUGUGUGGCCACGGCUACUUCUUCAACUCGGACAUGGAUGAAUGUCAAGCCUGUAACGAGUGUGAUGGAGAACCUGUAACAACACCUUGUACCUUCGUCACAGACGCAACCUGCACUGGUCCCGCCGUCAGUGACAGCGCCCUUUCCAUGUCCUGGAACGGAGAGGUGAGUCUGCAGGGGACAAAGGGCCACAUCCUGGCUCAUGCCGUCCACGGUGUGCAGCUCCACAUUCAAGGACGAGGUGAUGCAGGUCUGGUGUCAGCCGAGGACGGGCGUCUGGUGCUCCGGCAGCACGGUCUGGUCUGGCUGGAUGAGAAUCUCUCGGUGAGCCACGGCUGCCGCAGCUUCAUCCAGGUGUGCUUGCGUUUGAACAACACGGAUGGCUCUGAAAGUAAGGACCUCAGUGGCAUCAGGCUGGAGCAGCGGGAGACCAGGUCACUCCAGAGCGUGAGCAUCAGUGGGGUAGCAGAGGUCGCCCCGGGUCACAUCAUCUCCCUCUUCCUCCGGAGUGCCAGCGAGCACUGCAACCAAAGCCGAGAGGGUUUGCAGCUCUACGACUCCUCAGCAGCUCCACUCAGCCUGCUGUGGCUCUCCCACGACACCGGGGCAGUCGCCAUGACAGCAAGGGCAGUGGUGUCCGCCCACUAUCACACAAACUAUCGGCCAGUCUUCCGCACUUCCUCCACGUCAGAUGCCUAUGUAGUGGGGCUGACACAUGACGGCCGCGGGAUCCGUUUUACUGAAGGUGGCACAGUGCGAUUUGUCUUCCAGCAGGCUUUGUACUCCAUGGGUCAGGCCUGUGUGAGCGAAGGCUUCCAGCUGUUGGCGUACCUCAGCCAAAAUGGAACCGGCUCAGAGCUGGGCCGUAGCUUCAAACCAGGUGUCCACUACCGGGAUACGUCUAUAUCUAUGUCUGGAGCGACCAUUGUCGGUGCCGGGGACACACUGGGCUUUGAAAUCCUCUCUCCUGCUCAGUGUAACGUUCGUUUCUUUGGCGACGAGACGGGCAUCAGCACCCUCAGUUUGGUUUGGGUCCCUGCGGCCAUUUCCUCGUCUCUGUCUGCCUCUGUGGCUCAAACCGGCCUUCCCUCAGGAGCUGUCCGAAACAAGCCGCUGUUCUUCCGUCAGACCAGUGCUCAGGUGUCCCAGAUGGGGCUGCUGGGGAAGGGUUCCACAGAGCAGAAACGAGAUUUUGUCUUCAGGGAGAGCGGCACAGCCAGCAUAGCUCUGGAUCUCAAACUCAUUCACUCCUGCAACUUGGUUAAAGUUACUCUGCUCAGGCGAAGUGUUCCAGAGGGGUCCGGAGGAGGCAGGGAGGCAGAGGCAGCUCGGCCCGUCACCCUGGCCCAGCAGGUGGAGGGCCAGAUGGCAGAGGGAAGCCAGUGGGCCGGUGUGAGCCUGCGGGCGUCCUUCCAGGUCUACAACGGCACAGCAGUGUUCUUCACUCUGGACUGUGUGCGUGGACGGGUCAACCAGAUCAGUCACCAGACAGGAAGUGGAGUAUCAGUCCUGUGGGUGAAAGCAUGAUGAAAGAAAGACAACGCUCUGCUGUGUUGUUUACGUUAUAGGAUUUCUAUCUAAUACAGUCAUUUGUUUUCUUGCUAAGAGUAAGAGAAGAUUGACACCACUCCUCUUUCCCUCUAUUAAAUACAAAGGUACAAUGACCAGGCAGUUACAUUACAUUACAUGUGAUUUAGUUGAUGCUUACUUUUAUCCAAGGCGACUUUCAAUCUUCCAGGCUAGGCUAACUGAUGAUUAAUGAUCCACUCAUUGUUCUAAGCUAAGUUAAGAUAAGCUAAGCUAAUUGUCAGUUACAUAUACUCAUCUAACUUUGCAAAACUCUUCAUAAGAGUAUUCCCCAAACUUCGUACUACUCCUUUGAGCUUUAUUAUUUUGUAGUAGUAGACAGCAGGUAAAUUGACAGUUUUUUUAAAUUGGUGUUUAAAAAACUCCAAUGCAGAUGUCUAUUUAAAAAAAGAAGCAUUAGGCAUAAUUCCUUGUAUUUAUAUAAUGUGAGCAUAGUACUGUGUAAUGAUCUCUACAAAGGUAUAAAUAAUGGCUUUAAGCACAAAUAUCAUGUAGGACACAGCUCUGGAAACCUCUCAUGCAGCUCCCGGAUAUUUUGUUCAUGUUCAGGAAUUCCACGUGUUGUAUUGUCUGUGUUUUAUUUAUGUAAUUCAGUUAGCCUGUUGACGCAAGAGGACCUUCAGAUCCUUGUCACUGUGACUGCCGCAUUUUGUGCUGUCAUCGAUAGUGGUCGUUUGGUGCUGGUUUCAGUCAGGACUGUUCCUUAAAUGCAUGUGUUUCAUGUUAGCCGCCAUUUUCUGAUGUGAAUAUCAACUGCAUGCCUUGUUUAAUGACCGCUCUCUGCGUAUUAUGGACUAAACGAGAGUCAUGUGUAUCACUGAGGCAAUUGCUGACAUUAAACUGUCCUGCAGAGACGACAGGAUAUUUCAGUUAUUAAUACAUUAGGGUAUAGUUACUGUUUACUCAAACUAAACUGCAACAAAGUGUAUAUUUUAUGUUUUAGAGGAAAGCCAAUAAAAAUAUUUGUUUUACUUUUUUUUUUUUUAAUGUAUCUGAGGACUCAUGAUCAAUGUGAUCAGUUAAAUCCCGACUUACGUCUGGUAAGGUCUUACAAAUAAA